AUGAAGUGUUUUUCAUGGAAUGUACGAGGACUUAACGGCGAUACUAGGAAGCUAUCAGUUAGCCGGUGGUUUUUGGCGAAUAGACCUCUUAUUGGAGGACUUUUGGAAACUCAUCUACAGCAGGAAAAUAUGGCCUCCUCAAUCAAUAAUCUUUUCCCGGGAUGGAGGUUCGAGAGUAAUCACUCUCCGGAAGAGGAAAAUGGUCGGAUUAUCGUGGUCUGGGACCCAUUACUUUCAGUGAUCACUUACUUGAAGACUUCUCAAUUAAUCUUGCUUGGAGUCUUUAAUCCCUCUUCUGGUCAGUCCUUUACUAUAGCUUUCGUCUAUGCAAAAAAUACAAGAGAGGAGCGAGUUCCAUUAUGGGAUCUUUUGAAAGAAUUGGCUGCUACCUCGUCGGUGUCUGCUACCCCUUGA